AUGGAGCAAGACCAUUCCGAGCAGCACGGCCACGACCAGUCCAGUCAGCAGGAACAUGAUUUCUCCUCGUAUGCCAAUAUCCCUUUCACAGAUGAUGUGUUCAACGUGCCCAUGCCGUCUUAUGGCUCCCCGGGCAUGGCGUGGCCGGAAUCCUUACCAUACGACAUCGACCAGUUCAACCAGUUCCAACAGAACUGGCCGGACAUGGACUAUGGCAUGUCGCCGCCACCCCCGCCAGUGCCGCAAAUGCCUCGAGCACCAGAAGCGCCGCCACAGCUGCCCCGGCGCUUUGCACAAAUCAAACAGGGACUUGUCGCUGGAAAGGAGAAUGCCAUCGCCAAGUCCUGGGACCGGCUGCUCGUUUCCCUCCGAGCGGAGAUUGCUCUCAUCGAAGUCACAAAGUCUGACAUUAUUCCCACCAUCGACUUUGCAGACCUCGAGGACCGUGAUAAAGUCACAGAAUUUUCGGCCAAGUUGAAGAAGCGAGGCGCUGCAGUCAUUCGCAAGGUUGUUCCUUCGGAGGAUGUCAUGGAGUGGAAAGAGGAGACCGACGGCUACCUGGCUAGCAAUCCCGGCACCAAGGCCUGGCCAACUCGAGACCCUCACCUCAUGGGCAUAUAUUGGACGCCUGCUCAGAUUAAAGGACGCGGACAUCCCAAUGUCCUGGCGGCACAGAAAUUCCUCAUGAGCCUCUGGCACUCAACCGAUGCGGAAGCGCAGGUCAGCAAUAAUUUCCCGGUAUCGUACGCAGAUCGUCUGCGCAUCAACACGCCUGGCGAGUCCAACUGGCAUCUCAACGCCCACGUCGACGGCGGCAGCGUCGAACGCUGGGAGCCGGACGGCUACGGCCGCGCCGGCACCUACCGCGCCAUCUGGGAUGGUCGCUGGGAGGACUACGAUCCCUGGGAGAGCAGCUCGCGUCUCAAGGUCACGUCCGACCUCUACAACGGCGCCGGCUCCUGCAGCAUGUUUCGCAUGUUCCAGGGGUGGCUGUCCAUGGCCUCCAUCGACCCAUCAGAGGGCACCCUGCUGCUCUGUCCCAUGCUCCAGCUCGCGACCGCCUACUUUCUCCUCCGUCCCUUCUUCUCGCCCCGCGUCCCCGCCUCCGCGUCGCCUUCGACCGCCGCCUUUCUGGCCUCCGAUAACUGGGCCCUCGACUUCUCACAGACCUCCAUCCUCCAGGGCGCCGUCCCGUCCUACACCCAGGAGCUCAACAAUGUCCUCCACCCCCACCUCCACCUCGACAAGUCCCUCGUUCGCGUCCCUCGCGUUGAACCCGGCGACUACAUCGCCUGGCAUCCCGACAUGGUCUACGGCGGCGACAAGGUCUCCCCGGUCACGGCCCCGGCCACCAUCAUGUACAUCCCCGCCUGUCCCCUGACGCAGACGAAUGCCCUGUACCUCGCGCGGCAGCGCAAGACGUUCCUCCUGGGCCGGCCGAGUCCGGACUUUGGCGGUGGCAUCGGCGAGGCCACGCACGUUGGCCGGCCCGGCACGCAGGAGGUCAACGACGCCGGCGGCGACGAGGCCCUGCGCGCCAUGGGACUGCUUCCCUGGGAGGAAGAUGAUGCGUCGGGGCAGCACGAGGUGCAGCUCCUCCGCAUGGCGAACGGGAUCCUGUUCCCGGACCGCUACGACAUGAUGGUUUGA